CCUCCAUCAUCCGCCGCACGCCGCCGUCGAUGUCUCGCCGCGACGCCGCUCUUCCGGCGCGCGCCGAGGGCGCCACGCUGGCCGGCUCGUCGCGCAGCAAGGCGUCGGCCACCGCUUCAUCGUCUGCGUCGCGCGGCUCGCCCAUGCCGCCGCCGCGCGCCGGGCCGUCCAAGGGCAAGGCCAGCAGCAGCACGCGCUCGCUGCUCGCACCUCGGCCCGCCGCUGCGGCAGCCGAGCGCGACGGCAGUCCGCCGGCGGCGCACGCCUUCUCGCACCUGCGUGCGCUGCUGCCGUUUCAGCGGCGCAUCCUCCACGCCCUCGUGCCGCCGCCCGACGCGCCACUCGACGACGGCGACGUGCUGCUCAUCCUCGGGCGCGGCAUGGGCCUGCGCGCCAUCGUCGCGGCGCUGCUGCGCAUGUACGACAACAAGGACUCGCUCGUCGUGCUGGUGGGUGCCAGCGACGACGAGGCACAGGGCAUCGGCGAGGAGCUGGACAUCAUGGGUGCGCGCAAACCGGGCAUGCGCCGCGUGGGCUUCAACAUGCCCAACACGCAGAGGCAAGCGCUGUAUGCGCAGGGCGGCAUCCUCUCGAUCACGAGCAACAUCCUUGUCACCGACAUGCUCGCCGAGAAGAUCCCGACGGCCAAGAUUGCGGGCAUCGUCGUGCUGCAUGCAGAGACUGUCACGCACAAGUCUUCCGAGGCUUUCAUCGCGCGCAUGUACCGCGAAGUGAACAAGGACGGCUUCAUGAAAGCUUUCUCCGACGAUGCAGACCGCUUUGCGAUUGGUCUCAGCCCAUUGCAGUCGGUGCUGGGUCAGCUGCGCAUCCGAAAUGUGGAGAUCUGGCCUCGGUUCCACAAGCAGGUGCUGCAUGAUCUCUCGCGCCAGCGCGCAGACGUGAUCCAGCUGCAUCAGCCGUUGAGUCGCAGCAUGCGUGCCAUCCAGACGGCCAUCGUCGAGUGUCUCGAUGCCACGCUGGGAGAGUUGAAGCGCGGCGCCGGCAACAUCGACCUCGAGGACUGCACCGUCGAGAACGCACUCUUCAGGUCCUUUGACUCGAUCGUGCGCCGGCAGCUGAGCCACGUGUGGCAUCGGGUAGGCGCCAAGACUCGGCAGCUGGUCGAGGACCUGGGGACGCUGCGCGAUCUUCUGCACACUCUCGUCACGUCCGACUGCGUGGCAUUCCACCAGAAGAUCGAGACGAUCCUCGCGGCCCAGUCCACCGGCCGCAGCGGCCUCGAUGUGCCGACAGGCCCACAGAGCCCGUGGCUCUUCAUGGACGCCGCAAACGUGAUUCUCGAAGAGGCGAAGCGGCGCGUGUACAUCGGCAACGUGACGUCUGCGGCUGCCGCUGCCGCUGCGGAAGCGGCGAUGAUCACAGAUACCCAGCCGACGCGUGACGAGCUUGACGAUGUCGACGAGGACGAGGAGGCUGCGGCCUUUGGCGCUGCUGCACCUGCUGCGCCGAAGCCCAAGAAGCCACGGAGCGCACGCAAGUGGUGGAUGCCCCUGGGCAUCGAGCCGGUGCUGGAGGAACAGCCCAAGUGGCAUCUGCUGCGCGACGUACUGGACGAGGUGGAGCAGGAGAAGCACUGGGCCGACGUGGACCUCACCCGCAAGCAGAACAACACCAUCCUCAUCAUGGUCGAGUCUGACUCGGUGUGCUGGCAGCUGCGCGAGUAUCUGCACCGCAUGGUGCCGCUGGCGCACGGCUCGCGCGGGCGCAAGGAGCAGGAGCACCCCGGCCGUCGCAUGAUGGAGCGCCGGCUGAAGCGGCACUUCUUCUGGAAGGGCAACUUGGGCAACAUGACGAACAACCUCAAGCGCGGCGGCGGCCGCAUGAACGGGCCUCGCGCCGGCCAAGCGCCUCAGGCAGACGCUGCCUCGACGUCCAACUACGAGAGCGCAGCGCUGAAGCGCAAGGACAACUCGGCUUGGGACCGUGAGGCGUCGGCGCUGAAGCGCAGGCGCCAGCGCGGAGGAGCCGCAGGUGGCGGCGGCGGUGGCACUGCACGCCGCAAGACGAGCGCCAAGGAGGCGCCCGAGGAGCUCGACCGCGAGGCCGGCGACGUGGCGGACUUCAUCAACCGCGCCAUCGAGAUGGGCGAGGAAGACCACGAGGUGCCGGAUCUUGUCGCCGUCGAUGCCGAUCUCGAGGCGGACUCGGAGCCCGACUCUGGCUCUGAAAUCGAGGCAGACGAGACACGCUCGACGCGGCGGCCGAACGCACCUGCAGCUACGCAGACGUUUGAUGAGGUCGAGUUUGAGAGCUACUUUGGCAUCCUCAGCCCCGAGGACCUCGUUGUUGUGCGUGCGUACCGCGGCGACGCCGACGACAAGAUGCUCCAGGAGCUGCGGCCGCGCUUCGUGAUCAUGUAUGAUCCGCAGCCGGCCUUCGUGCGCCGGCUUGAGAUCUACCGCGCGAGCAUCGAGGACGCGAGCGUGCGCGUGUACUUUCUGCUCUACGCCGAGUCGGUCGAGGAGCAGAACUACUUGAGCCAGAUGCGCCGCGAGAAGGAGAGCUUUGAGCGUCUCGUACGCGAGAAGUCGAUCAUGGCCCUGCCCCUGCAAGCCGAUGGGCGACCAGCGAGCGAGGUGGAGGACCGCCCGCUCCGUGCCUUCAACAGCCGCGCCGCCGGCGGCCAGCUGGCAGCCACGUCGGAUGCACCGCGCAUCGUCGUCGACAUGCGCGAGUUCCGGUCGAGCCUGCCGUCGAUGCUGCACCGGCAGGGCGUCGAGGUGAAGCCGGCGACGCUGACCGUGGGCGACUACAUCUUGUCGCCGACGAUGUGCGUCGAGCGCAAGAGCAUUCCCGACCUCAUCGGCAGCUUCAACAGCGGCCGCCUGUACAACCAGUGCGAGCUCAUGUCGGUGCACUACACGCACCCAAUCCUGCUCAUCGAGUUCGACGAGGAGAAGAGCUUCUCCUCCGAAACGAUCUCGGGCCCGCGCGGCAGCGGCGCGCCGAAGCGUGCCAUCACCGCCAUGACGAAGCCCGAGCAGGUCGACAUCCAGACGAAGCUGGUGAUGCUGACAAUCGCUUUCCAACGGCUGCGCAUCAUCUGGAGCUCGUCGCCCGAGGCGACGGCGGCCGUGUUUCUCGAGCUCAAGGCGCAAUACGACGAGCCCGACGUGGCGCGCGUCACCGCCGUCGGGCAGCAGGAGGGCGGCGACGAGGGCGGCGGCGGCUUCAACCUCACGCCGCAGGAGGUGCUGCUGGCGCUCCCCGGCAUCAACACCAAGAACUUCCGCUUCGUCAUGAGCGCCGUGCGCGACGUGCAGGAGCUGUGCGACCUGACGCUGGCCGAGAUGCAGCGCCUCAUCGGCGUCGAGCCGGGCCGCCGCCUGUACAACUUUGUCAAUUCGGACGUCAAGCGCGACCGCACGCUGCUGUCCUAGCAGCUACCCUUGUAAUACUAGCAUCACACGUGACGAUGUUCCAGAGAGGCUGCUCGCUCGCUGACUGCCGCU